UACCAGCCGAAGCUUGAAGCCCUUCCUCCUUCAACUUCAACGAACCAAUCUCAAAACUUCCACUCCACCAAUUUUCCUCAUAGAAAACCCAGAAAAAUACUCCAAUGGCGAGCAGUUUGCAGCUGCCAAUCUCCAUAUCGUCAGCUUCUACGUCGUCGUUUAGGCCCAGAAAUGCUCGGAAGUUCACAGCUUUUUGUUCCGUUAACGCGAAAGCAACGGCCAAAAUCCCGAUUCCUCCGAUAAACCCCAAGGACCCCUUUCUUUCGAGGCUCGCUGCGGUGGCUGCCAAGUCCCCGGAAACCUUGCUUAACCGGCCGCCUCAAAAUUCCGACUCUCUCCCGUACUUGGAUGUGUUUGAUGAACCUAUUCUUAUGGCCACUCCUGCCCAAGUGGAAAGAUCGGUUUCUUACAACGAGCAUAGGCCCAGGAAGCCACCUCCAGACCUGCCCUCAUUGUUACUCCACGGAAGAAUAGUUUAUAUUGGCAUGCCUUUAGUGCCAGCAGUAACAGAGCUUAUUGUUGCGGAAUUGAUGUAUCUGCAAUGGAUGGAUCCUAAACAACCAAUAUAUAUUUAUAUUAAUUCGACGGGAACCACCCGUGAUGAUGGUGAAACCGUUGGCAUGGAGUCAGAGGGAUUUGCUAUCUAUGAUGCUAUGAUGCAGUUGAAAAAUGAGAUACAUACGGUUGCCGUUGGGGCUGCUAUAGGUCAAGCUUGUCUGUUGCUUUCAGCAGGAACUGAGGGCAAACGAUUUAUGAUGCCACAUGCCAAAGCAAUGAUCCAGCAACCUCGUGUCCCAUCAUCUGGACUGAUGCCUGCUAGUGACGUUCUUAUUCGUGCAAAAGAGGUAAUCACAAAUAGGGACAUUCUCGUAAAGCUUCUGGCCAAACACACAGGAAAUUCAGAGGAGGCUGUUGCUAAGGUGAUGAGAAGACCAUUUUAUAUGGAUUCUACAACUGCUAAACAAUUCGGGGUGAUUGACAAGAUCCUUUGGCGUGGUCAAGAAAAGAUAAUGGCAGAUGUAGCCUCCCCUGAGGAAUGGGAUAAGACAGCUGGCGUCAAAGUUGUAGAUGAACUUGGUGGUCUGUAAGGGAAGCAAUGUGUUCAUUGUAGGAGUUAUCACAUGGAUACUGUAGGAAUUGUUACAUGGUUGGCUGCUUGUCAGGGGCUCUUUGGUUAUGGGUCGAAGCAUUAAUGUAAAGAGCGCUAAAUUGUCUAGCGGGGAGUAUAAAGAUGGAAGGAACCAGACAACGACCUGUUUAUGUGUAAGGAAGUGGAUGGGAGAGAGAUGCCAAAUUGAAUUGCCCCUAGAACAAAUCUGAAGGGUGCAAAAAACAUGUACUUUUUGAGAGUUGAAGAAUGACAACACUUUCUUACGUUCUAUAUUAUCUUGGUGAUGAAUCGUUGUCUUUUUUUCCCCUAUCAAAAAGAAGAAAGCUGAGUUUCUA